UAUUGUUAAGAAAUAUAGGACUAGGAAUGUAACUUUUUUCAUAAUAGUUAUGAACCCUAAACCCUAUUAUAAUACAUACCUCCAUUCUUGCAGUAGGUGUUCUGGCAGCUGCUCCUUCGCCACCAUACCUCUAGAGAAUCAGGGAAGUAUAACAGGACGAUACAAUGAGAUUGGAGAAAUGUUAUUUUUGUUCCUCAACUGUAUACCCAGGCCAUGGUAUGCAAUAUGUUCGUAAUGAUGCAAAGAUCUUUCGGUUUUGUAGAUCUAAGUGUCACAAGAACUUUAAGAUGAAGAGGAAUCCACGUAAAGUCAAAUGGACUAAAGCGUAUAGACGGCUGCAUGGAAAGGACAUGACUCAGGACUCAACAUUUGAAUUCGAGAGAAAGCGUAAUAGGCCAGAGAGAUAUGACAGGAAUGUAACCGAGAAGACUUUGAAGGCCAUCAAGAAAAUUGAUAAAAUCAGAGUCGAUAGGGAGAGCAGACAUAUUACAAAGAGGUGGAAAGGAAAGGAAGCCAAGGAGCAGAGAGAAGAUAAAAAGGUUCUCGUUGAGUAUAUUCACAUGGUCAAAGCUCCUGCUGCGCUUAACAAAGAGCCAUCCCUUACACUGCCGCCCAAGGUCAAGAUUUCGCAAAAGCAGCCAGAGGAAAAUCUCAUGGAGGAAUGAACAUUUUGUGUCCUAUAUUCUAUAUUCCCAAAGAAAAACACAAAAAAUCAGUUCAUGCUAUUUUUACGGUAUGUAUAGCUGUUUGAUUACAUUAAUAUGCAAAGCUUUCCCUAACUUUCAGAAUUCGUAAUGGUUUGGGAGAGAAGUUCAAUGAUAUGCCGAAUCUAUUUGUUACCAUCUCGUUUGAAAUCAGACAACUAUAAAUGACUUGUUAUCUUUAACGA